CAUACUGAAAACAUGGAAAGACAAACUAGCAUCUUCACAAGAAUCAUCGUCUUGACCAUGUUUCUUUCAUUUCUGGUAUGUUUGUGCAGUUCCACAGACACCAUUACUUUCAACCAUACUCUCAAAGACGGGGAUUUAUUAAUCUCUAAUGGUAAAUCUUACGCUCUCGGUUUCUUCACUCCCGGAAAUUCCACCUCCGGCAAGCGAUACGUCGGAAUAUGGUUCCAAAAAUUACCAGAACAAACGGCCGCUUGGGUUGCUAACAGAGACAGCCCAGUCAACGGCACAUCCGGAAUCCUCUUCAUCGACAGCACCGGAAAUCUUGUCAUCCAAGACAGUAAAACUAAUGUUUCUGUCUGGAACACAAGUCUUUCUUUUCCGGCGAUGGGGAUAAAAGGUUAUUCUGUUCAGCUACAAGAAACUGGGAAUCUAGUGUUGUAUCAUGACCACCCGGAUAGACGGGAAACUCAAUGGCAGAGCUUCGAUUAUCCCUCAAACACAUUUCUUCCUCACAUGAAAUUCGGAGUAGUAGACAAGAAAACUGGGCGGAACCGGUGCCUUACGGCGUGGAAGUCGGCGGAUGAUCCCGGCACGGGCGAGUAUGUAAUGCGAUUGGAUCCGAAAGGGAUUCCACAGGCGAUUCUGUACAAGGCGUCGUCCCCUGCCUGGAGACUUGGGCCUUGGAAUGGCCUUAGAUGGAGCGGCCUUCCAGAAAUGACUCCAAACAUAAACUCAUACAAUUACUCCGAAAACAACGAGGAAGUCACGAUGUCGUAUUCGACACAUGACCCGUCGAUAUACACAGUAGUGAUGGUAAAUGAGUCUGGGGCGUUCAGUAAGAUUAUAUGGCAGCAAGGGAAUGAUAGUGUGAUGAGAUGGGUGGGGAUGUGGUUCUACCCCAACGACGAUUGUGAUCGGUACGGCCACUGUGGAGCGUUUGGCAUUUGCGAUCCCUACACUCCGGGGAAUAUUGACUGCCGAUGCGUUCCCGGGUUCAAGCCGAAGUCAAGCCGGGAUUGGAGGCAAGGGUGCUGGAGAAACGAGGCAGAAGUGUGCCAUAACGGUGAGGGGUUCUUGAAACUAGAGAAUAUGAAGAUCCCAAGCACUCAAAUGGCGAAAUUGAACAAAGCCAUUGGGUUGAAGGAAUGUGAGGAGCUUUGUUUGAACAACUGUUCUUGCACGGCAUAUGCAAGCGCAAAUGUCAGUGAUGGCGGAAUGGGAUGCAUUGCUUGGUAUGGAGAGUUGAUAGAUAUGAGGGAGUUAACACCUGGAGGCCAAGAUAUCUAUGUUCGAGUCUCUGCAUCUUAUUUAGAUCAACUUGUAAAGAAAUCUAAAGAACAUCAUGGGAAAAGGCUCAUAGUCUCGGUGAUUCUGCCCAUUGCUGUUGUGACACUUGUGCUCUAUUGUUUUAUCACUACCAAUAUCAGAGAAGGUAAAACAACACCAAGCAGUAAUACCAGUUUACAAUUGAGAAAAUAUAUGGAAGAAGCUGGAUAUGCAGAUGUGUUAGCCUUUGAUCUAAACACAAUUACAGCUGCCACUAAUAACUUCUCUGCAGACAAUAAACUUGGAGAAGGUGGAUUUGGUUCUGUUCACAAGGGUAUGUUGCAAAAUGGACAAUUUGUAGCUAUCAAAACACUCUCAAUAACAUCUCAACAAGGGAUAGAAGAAUUCAAAAAUGAAGUGAAGCUAAUUGCUAGACUUCAACACAGAAAUCUUGUGAGGCUUUUAGGAUGUUGCAUUCAACAAGGGGAGAAGAUGUUGGUUUAUGAAUAUUUGUCUAACAAAGCCCUGGAUAGUUUCAUCUUCGAUAAUAGACAAGGGAUGUUGUUGGAAUGGAAGAAACGCUUUGAAAUUAUUUUAGGAAUUGCUCAAGGGUUGUUAUAUCUUCAUCAAGAUUCUAGACUACGAAUCGUUCAUAGAGAUUUGAAAGCUAGUAAUAUUUUGUUAGAUGACUCAAUGAACCCGAAAAUAUCAGAUUUCGGAAUGGCUAGACUUUUUGAAGAUGAGCAAGUCGAAGCAAACACAAAUCGAGUAGUUGGAACAUAUGGCUAUAUGUCACCGGAAUAUGCAAUGGGAGGUGAUUUUUCAGUAAAGUCUGAUGUGUAUAGCUUCGGUGUUUUGCUGUUGGAAAUUGUGAGCGGAAAGAAGAACAAACACAAGUACAAGGAAACCUCGUGUAAUUUAAUAGGAGAUGUAUGGGAUUUCUGGAAUGAAGAAAGAGCACUGGAAAUUGUCGAUCCAUCAUUAGGGGCGUCGUAUGAUGAUCAAGAAGUUUUGAGGUGCAUCCAUGUCGGUUUAUUGUGCGUUCAACUAUAUCCUGACGAUAGACCAAUUAUGUCAGAAGUGAUUUUCAUACUAAGUAAUAACACAGAACUCCCUCGUCCUAAACCACCUGGAUUUAUAUUCAUUCAAGAGAAUACAGCUACUCCAUUCUCAUAUUCUACAAGUGAUGGUGGAAAUCAAUCAUGUACUACUAUGUCAAUUACUGAACUCGUUGGUCGUACAAUAGUGGACUUGAAGGAGGCAGUAGGGACAGCUACAGAUCCAUAUGAUAUGAUGAGUGGUCCUGAUCGGUCGUUCCGAAAAACCUGGGUGUUCAAAACAAACAUCUCUUUGGUAGUGUUUCUUUCCUUUCUAGUAUGUUUAUGCAGUUCCAUAGACACCAUUACCUUCAACCAACCUCUCAAAGACGGGGAAUUACUAAUCUCUAAUGACAGUUCUUACGCUCUCGGUUUCUUCACCCCCGGGAACUCCAUCGGCAAGCGAUACGUGGGACUUUGGUACCUAAAUAUACCAGAAAUGGUGGUCGUUUGGGUCGCCAACAGAGACCACCCCGUCAAUGGCAAAUCCGGAAUCCUCUUCAUCGACAGCACCGGAAAUCUCGUCAUCCAAGACAACAAAACCGGUACUUCUGUCUGGAAUACAAGCCUUUCCUUUGAGCCCACCGGGACAAGAGAUUAUUCCGCUCAGUUAAAGGAUACUGGGAAUCUAGUUCUGUAUCAUCAUGACCAAGAGAGAAGGGUUGAUAAAUGGCAGAGCUUUGAUUAUCCCACGAAUACAAUACUAGCGUCCAUGAAAUUUGGGGUGGACAAGAAAAAAAGUCUGAACUGGUUUAUGAGGUCGUGGAAGUCGCCGGAUGAUCCGGGCACCGGCGAGUAUACUGUCGGGAUAGAUCUCACCGGAAAACCUCAGGCGUUCCUGUACAAGAAUUCUUCGUCCCGGGUGUGGAGAGUCGGGCCAUGGAAUGGCAUUAGAUGGAGCGGAGUGCCGCAAAUGACCCCAGAAAUCACCCCUUACGCCUUCACCGAAAACGACGAUGAGUUCUCGGAGGAAUACUGGAUUCGGGACCCGUUGUCGGUGUAUUCAAUAGUAAUGUUAAACGACUCCGGUACGUUGAACAAGAUCAUGUGGAAAGGAUCGGGAACCGGCGAGAAGAAAUGGGACGGCGUUUGGUACUAUCCCAACGACGAUUGUGACUACUACAGUCACUGUGGUAGUUUCGGCAUUUGCGACAAAGCGGGAUUUUCCUGCAGAUGCGUUUCUGGGUUCAAGCCUAAGUCGAACCAGGAUUGGAGUGUUGAGCAACUGGAGUUUAGCGUAAAGAGAAGUAAAAGGAAGCUUUCUUCAUUUUCCCAUCAACUGAAGAAUGAAUGUUACAGACAGUUAUACUGGGAGAUAUUCCCAAUAUCUCCCAGUAUAACUUUGCUCAACAUGGUAUCAGAGCUUCCGCGCCGGAACUCCUACGCGGCCGCCCUCUCCGGCGAGGCGAACCAGGAAAGACGCACCGACUCGCCGAUCGCUCGAUCUCCAGUUCGCACAGCUUCAACAACAAUUCCGCAGAGGAAUUCAUCGCAGAGAAACAGCAAUGCAGAAGAUCUAGAGAAUCCUUUUCUCUUCAGCGCGAACGAUAAUCCGAACAUCGUGCUUGUAAGUCCGCCUCUAAACGGCAGUUCCAAUUACAGUUCAUGGCGUAUUUCCAUGAAAAUCGCCUUGGAGAUCAAAAAUAAAUGGUGCAUUGUCGACGGAAGUGUCGCCGCACCAGACAUAGAAGACAUCCAGUACGUCCUUUGGAGAAGGUGUAAUCUCAUGUUAUGUGCUUGGAUCUUUAAAUCCGUAAGUUCAUCGAUCGCACAAAGUAUAAUGCACUUGGACAGAGCUAGUGACGUCUGGGAUGAUCUGAGCAGACGAUUCGCUCAGUGUGAUGCUCAAAAGAUCUCAACCCUGCAAAACGACAUCAACAAUCUGAAGCAAGGCUCUCUUACAGUGAGCGAUUACUACACAAAGUGUAAAACGAUGUGGGAAGAAAUGAAUGCUUUGAGGCCCCUACCAAUAUGCAAAUGCAUUCCAAGAUGCAAGUGCGAUCUCGUCGACGAAAUCAGAAAGGAACGCGACGUUGAUCAGGUUAUUCGCUUCCUUCAGGGAUUAAAUGAUGAUUUUCAUACCUUGAAAUCUAAUGUUCUUGUCAUAGAUCCUCUCCCGGAAGUAUACAAAGUGUAUGUCAUGGCUGAAAAAUUAGAGAGACAGAUCAUUAUAAACAAUUUGAACAGCAACAACCCGGAAGUCGUACAUGCCAAUGCUGUCCAGAAUUCCUCAGAAGAAAUGGUGGCUGCCUUUAACAAUUCUUACAAUGCCAGGAGGUUUCCAAACACUGGAGAAACACGGCUACCCCCGGGCUGGGUGCCGGGAUACAAGAACAAAACAAAACAGCAGGGAGCAGCUCCAGUGAUGAACAACAUGACUGAUUUUGGUGUCACAAAUGAUCAGUUCCAGAAGCUUAUGAUGGCUGUCCAAAACCAGAUGGGACAAACCUCUCAAACUCAAUCUGGACAGCUUCCCAACUCAGCAGCAGCCAUCUCUUUGAUUCCAAGAUUCGAAGAGGAUCACAGUGAAGGCAAGUUUCCUACUCCCCAUGUUAAUUUCAUUUCCUUGUGUAAUUCCACAUGGAUUCUUGACUCCGGAGCAACAGAUCACAUAGCAUGUUCAAUUGAAUCGUUUGAUGAUUACUAUACUGUUGAGGGAGAUGAGGUCAGUUUACCCAAUGGAGAAAGGGUUGCAGUCAAGCACAAAGGAAAUAUAAAGCUUGGGAACAAUUUAUGGCUAAGAAAUGCUAUGCACAUACCUUCAUUCCAUUUCAAUAUAGUAUCAGUAAGCAGGCUGCUUCAUGACUCUUCUUAUGAUCUGAUUUUUUCCUCUGAGCAGUGCAUGAUUCGGGAACCUCAUGGGAUGACGGUUGGUUUAGCUAAGCAAGAGAAGGGACUCUACCUCAUGGUGAGGCCACCUAUGGAGUUAAACAAACACAAGAAAUUGGCCAUGCAGUGUAAUAGAGUUGAUACAUGGCAUCAACGUUUAGGACAUUUUCCUAUAAGCAAGAUGCAUUUGCUUAGAGACAUACCUAAACCAUCUACUGUAAAUAAAGCUUGUGAUGUUUGCCAUUUGGCUAAGCAUAGACGUUCUCCUUUCCCUUUGAGUGUGUCUUCAUCUAAUGCAUGCUUUGAUAUAAUUCAUGCCGAUAUUUGGGGUCCCUUCCCAGUAAGUUCUAUGAAAGGGGAACACUAUUUCCUCACUCUAGUGGAUGAUUUUUCACGAUAUACCUGGCUGCAUCUAAUGAAAAGGAAAUCGGAAGUUAGAAAUCUGAUUAAACGGUUUCACAGUUUUGUUUUAACUCAAUUUGGGGUUCUAAUCAAGGUACUGCGAAGCGACAAUGGGUCAGAAUUUGAUAUGGGGGAUUUCUUUGAUGAGAAGGGAAUGAUUCAUCAAACAUCGUGUGUGAAUACUCCACAGCAAAAUGCCGUGGUAGAAAGAAAACAUCAGCACAUCCUUAAUGUUGCAAGAACUCUCCGGCUCCAAGCACAUCUGCCAUUUGAAUUUUGGAGUCACUGCGUUAUGCAUGCGGUGUUCUUAAUUAACAGACUCCCCUCACCAAUAAUCGAGGGUCUUACUCCUUACCACAGACUAUACAACAAGGAACUGGACUUAACCAUUCUAAGAGUCUUUGGUUGUCUCUGCUAUGCAUCCACUCUAUCAAAUAUGAGAAACAAAAUGGAGCCAAGAGGGAGAAAAUGCACUUUCAUAGGCUUUCCUGCAAAUACUAAAGGAUAUAUUCUAUAUGAUUUGUCUGACAAGUCCAUUUUUGUUUCUCGUGAUGUAGCCUUCUAUGAGCAACAGUUCCCUUUCCAAGAGCAGAAUACACUAAUGUCAAAAGAGUUCGACCCUUCCUUGCCAAACAUACCUAUAUCAACUCACUUGCAGUAUGAAGCUCAGCCUAGGGACAAGGAAGUUCAAUUUCCGGACAUUGAACAGGCCGAGGGUGAACCAAUCAGCACCAGUAGUCGUAUUUCCCCGCAGAACUCUGCCAACCAUGCCCUUCCGUUCAUUGAAACAACAACAGAAGGGUCACCCACUAAUCAAUCCUCACACCAGGAAACAAUGGCUGAUACACAUAUGGAUGAAGCCAGCCCAGCCCCCAGGCGAUCAAACAGGGAGAGACAACUGCCAAGAAAAUUACAUGAUUAUUAUUGUGAUUCAGUUAUCCAACAUCGGUCACCUCAUCUUCUAUCCAAAGUGAUCUCGUAUGAUAAUCUCUCUCCCCCCCACAAAGCUUUUGCCAUGGCAGUUACUUCCCUCACGGAGCCUAGAACAUAUAAUCAAGCUAUCAAACACCAAUGUUGGAAGGAUGCAAUGACAGCAGAAUUAAUGGCACUUCAAGAAAACAAUACUUGGCAACUGACAGAACUACCGGCUGGAAAAAUCCCCAUCGGCUGCAAGUGGGUUUUUAAAACAAAAUUGAAGGCAGAUGGAUCUAUAGAACGUCACAAAGCGAGGUUGGUUGCUAAGGGAUACACACAACAAUUGGGAGUGGAUUAUAUUGAAACAUUCUCCCCGGUUGCUAGGCUGACAACCAUUCGAACAUUCUUGGCUGUUGCAACGUCUCGCAACUGGUACAUUCACCAGAUGGACAUCAAUAAUGCGUUUCUUCACGGUGAUCUUAAAGAAGAGGUCUAUAUGGUUCUUCCACCCGGCUUUCAGGGAACCAAACCAAACCAAGUCUGCAAAUUGACCAGAUCACUUUACGGCUUGAAGCAGGCAAGUCGCCAAUGGAAUGCCAAAUUAACCACAGCUUUGUUGAAUGUCGGUUUCAGACAAUCGAAUGCCGAUCCUUCUCUGUUUACAAGGGGAAAGGAUGAUGUUUUUGUUGCACUUCUGGUCUAUGUUGACGAUAUAUUAGUGGCAAGUGGCCGGAUGGAACUCAUUCAAGAACUGAAGGAUUUACUGAAUGCAGCUUUCAAGAUCAAGGACUUGGGGGUCCUAGGCUAUUUUCUAGGCAUUGAAGCCAGCAGCAGUAAAGAGGGGCUGAACAUUUGUCAGAGGAAAUAUGCUCUCGACAUCCUCAAUGAUACGGGUUUUCUUGACUGCAAACCAGUUCGAACCCCUAUGGUGCCUGGCUCUCUCCUAACUCCAAAAGAUGGUGAACUGCUGAGUGAUCCAAGCGGUUAUCGAAGGUUGAUUGGGAGACUAUUGUACCUCACGGCUACUAGGCCAGAUAUUACCUAUGCUGUACAUCAUCUCAGUCAAUUUGUAAGUGCUCCCACAGACAAGCAUAUGGUUGCUGCCCACCGUAUACUUCGCUACAUUAAAGGUUCUCCCGGCCAAGGCCUUUUCUAUCCGGCAGGAACCUCACUCAACCUCAAAGCCUUCUCUGAUUCAGAUUGGGCAUCAUGUGCUGAGACACGUAAAUCUAUCACAGGGUACUGCAUUUUCUUAGGAACAUCCCUUGUUUCUUGGAGAUCAAAGAAACAAGCAACGGUGUCAAAAUCCUCAUCCGAAGCAGAAUACCGAGCUCUUGCAACGACAGCCUGUGAAUUACAAUGGAUCACCGCUUUACUUCAUGAUAUGCAAGUCAAUUUUGCCAAUCCAGCUGUGGUCUACUGUGAUAAUAAAUCCGCUAUAGCAAUAGCCGAGAACCAUGUCUUCCAUGAGAGGACCAAACACAUUGAUAUUGAUUGCCAUAUCAUAAGAGAACGAAUCACUCAGGGCCUGAUAAAGCUGCUCUCGGUAUCCUCUCUGAAUCAAGUGGCAGAUGGCUUCACCAAACCACUAGGCUUACCUCUUUGCUCAACAUGGAGGCAAGGGUGCUGGAGAAACGCGACAGAAGUGUGCCGUAACGGUGAGGGGUUCUUAAAGCUGGAGAACAUGAAGAUCCCCGACACAGCAAUGACCGCGAUGAACACAACCAUAGGGCUGGAAGAGUGCCGGGAGCUUUGUCUGAGCAACUGUUCAUGCUCGGCCUAUGCCAGGGCGAAUAUCAGCGAUGGCGGAACCGGAUGCAUUACCUGGUAUGGUGACUUGAUAGACAUGAGGGAGUUCACACUUGGUGGCCAAGAUAUGUAUGUUCGAGUUUCUGCGUCUGAUUUAGAUCAACUUCUAAAGAAAUCUAAAGAGCAUAAUAGGAAAAGGCUCAUAUUCUCGGUGAUUCUGCCCAUUGCUGCUGUGAUUCUUGUGCUCUAUUGUUUGGUCACUACCAAUAUCAGAGAAGGUAAAACACCACGACCAAGCAGUAAUACCAGUUUACAAUUGGAGAAAUAUAUGGAAGAAGCUGGACAUGCAGAUGUGUUAGCCUUUGAUCUAAACACAAUUAGAGUUGCCACUAAUAACUUCUCCGCAAACAAUAAACUUGGAGAAGGCGGAUUUGGUUCUGUUUACAAGGGUAUGUUGCAAAAUGGACAAUUUGUAGCUAUCAAAACACUCUCAAGAACAUCUCAACAAGGGAUAGAAGAAUUCAAAAAUGAAGUGAAGCUAAUUGCUAGCCUUCAACACAGAAAUCUUGUGAAGCUUUUAGGAUGUUGCAUUCAACAAGGGGAGAAGAUGUUGGUUUAUGAAUAUUUGCCUAACAAAGCCCUCGACAAUGUCAUCUUCGAUAAUAGACAAGGGAUGUUGUUAGAGUGGAAAAAGCGUUUUGAAAUUAUUUUAGGAAUUGCUCAAGGAUUGUUAUAUCUUCAUCAAGAUUCUAGACUACGAAUCGUUCAUAGAGAUUUGAAAGCUAGUAAUGUUUUGUUAGAUGACUCCAUGAACCCAAAAAUAUCAGAUUUCGGAAUGGCUAGACUUUUUGAAGAAGAACAAGUCGAAGCAAACACAAAUCGAGUAGUUGGAACAUAUGGCUAUAUGUCAUCAGAAUAUGCAAUGGGAGGUAACUUUUCAGUAAAGUCUGAUGUGUAUAGCUUCGGUGUUUUGCUGUUGGAAAUUGUGAGCGGAAAGAAGAACAAACACAAGUGCAAGGAAACCUCGUUGAAUUUAAUAGGAGAUGUAUGGGAUUUUUGGAAUGAAGAAAGAGCACUUGAAAUUGUCGAUCCAUCAUUAGGGGAGUCGUAUGAUUAUCAAGAAGUUUUGAGGUGCAUCCAUGUCGGUUUGUUGUGCGUUCAACUAUAUCCAUAUGACAGACCAAUCAUGUCAGAAGUGAUUUUCAUGUUAAGUAAUGAUAGAGAACUCUCACGUCCUAAUCGACCAGGAUUUGUAUUAAAUAAGGGGAAUAAUGCAGCUCCAUUAUCAUAUUCUACAAGUGAUGGUGGAAAUCAAUCAAGUAAUAGUAUGUCAAUUACUGAACUCGUUGGUCGUUAA